ACGACCUGCCAUCGCACCGCUGCCACGACCUGCCAUCGCACCGCUGCCACGACCACAGAGAAAAGAUGACGCGAGCUCUGAUGCUUCUGAUCGCCGCCGCCGCUGCCUCGUCCGCGGCAGGUGCAUCCCCUUGUAAACUGGCGUUCUCAGAAGGAUACGAGAGCAUCGGCAGUAAUUCCCACACUUGCUAUGAGCGGUACCGAACGGAUGUGGACAAAUAUCUUUCAAAUUUAAAAUGUGCCACCUUUACAAGUUUGACUGGAUACGAUGCAGCAACAUGUGAUCCAAUUGUGUUCGAUUUUUCUAAAUGUUCGUUGCAAGCCGCCAAGCUCCUGAAACCCGACUACACAUUUGACGACGAGGCUUUCCAGACGAUCACGUUGAACAACAAAUGCAGCGCUGACCCCAACUUCGCAAAGGCUUACUCGAACUGCAAAACCUCCACCAUGCAAUAUUUGAACGUAAUCCGGCUCUUCGUGUGCCUCGGUGCUGCCGUGCCCUAAUCCGCUCACCCAACGGAGGAGAAUCCACUGACUCGGAACAUGACUGACUGAACUCGAACUCUCUUCUCGUGCACGGGAUUUUUUUAUUCAUUUAUUAAAUUUGAUGGUGUUUCUGCAA